AUGCAGUGGGCCUACCUUCUUGGGCUGGUUGCUGCAGCCACCGCCGGCCAUGUUGCGAUCCCCUUCUCUCGUCAGGACUACUCAACGUCGGCCGCACUAGUCAAGCGUCAGGCCUCAAAGGACAUCUCCAUCGAGGCUCUCAACAACCUCACCGGCGGCGGCUACUACUCCGAGUUCUCGAUUGGAACUCCUCCCCAGAAAAUCAGCUUCCUGCUCGACACCGGCAGCAGCGACACCUGGGUGAACUCGGUUGACGCCGACCUGUGCAACAGCGCGCAGACCCAGGCUAGGAUAGGUUUCUGCCAGACACAAUUCAAUCAGAAUAAAAGCUCGACAUACAAGCUGGUUUCCAGCGAUGGCUUUGAUAUCAAGUAUCUCGAUAGCACCGAGAUUUCCGGUGAUUACUUCAAUGACACGGUCCACCUCGGAUCCGUCUCCAUCCAGAACCAGCAGCUUGGCCUUGCUCUCCAGUCCGUUAGGCCAACGGGAAUCAUGGGUCUGGGCUUGAGUGCCAAUGUCGCCACCCGGGAUAAGUACAAGACGAUCAUGGAUAACCUUGUUGACCAAGGCUUCAUUGACAGGGCUGUGUUCAGCCUGUAUCUGAAUGACCUGGAGUCAGACUCCGGCACCGUUCUCUUUGGUGCAAUUGAUCAGAAAAAGUUCAUCGGUAACCUGACCGUCCUCCCUCUCGCGUCCCAGACAGUUGGCUCCCAGGUCACAUCCUUCAAUGUCAAACUACUGGGCUUUGACCUGCUGAACCCUGAUGGGAAGAACAUCUUGGAUCUUUCCAACUUCAACGCCAACACCGUCCUGGAUUCGGGCUCCACCAUCUCCCUGCUCCCUGACAAACAGGUCCAACAGAUAUGGAAACAGUUUGGCGUGAUAUCUAUCAAGGGCGUCCUGUCUCCUUUCGUUGAUUGUGCCUACCGUGGCAGCCGUGGUGAGGGCUACGUCUUCGAGUUCCGUUUCAAUGGAAAGACGAUACAAGUUCCCAUGCAUGAGAUGGUCAUAGACGCCUACGCCGAUGUGCAGGAAGUCUUCCAGAACCCUUCGGUAGCAAGAUACUUCAGUGGCUGGGAUAGAGUCUGUAUAUUUGGUAUCGCUUCCACUCUGGACUUCAAUGUGCCCUCGUCGUUCACUCUUCUGGGCGCCUCCUUUCUUCGUUCAGCGUAUGUCGUGUACGACCUGUCUAACGAGCAAUUGGCCAUCGGCCAGGCAAACCUGAACAGCACCGACUCGGACAUUGUCGAAAUCAAGUCGGGGAUUGCGAUCCCAUCUGUCACCGGAGUGGCGAGCCAGACGUCGAAUGCCUUGCCUAGCAGGACGUCAAGUGCCACCCAGACAACCUCGACGUCGUCCACACAGUCUACAGGAGGCAGUGCCCCAGACAAUAACAACGCCUCUCCACGCACAUUGCCAUCACCGCCACUGGCGGCCAUUGCGGCGCUUUUAUGCCUUGGAGUUGCCUCAUUUGCGCUGUAG